AUGACAUCUAACAGCGAAGACUACGCUAAGACCGAUGAAGUCGACGGUUGCGCCAUAUGCAUGAAGAAAUGGACCACCGCAUGUACUGGAUGCGGCAAUAUCGGCUACUGCUCCGAAAAAUGUCGACAAGAAGACGCGCCGCAGCAUAAUACCAUCUGCAGCACCUUCAAGGACUUUCAAGACCGGCCAAGCGAAAAACACUUUCGAGCCCUCUACUUCCCUGCCGAUGAGCCCAAGCCACGAUUCAUCUGGCUCUUCAUGGACGGAGAGAGUCUCACCUGGAAACCCAAUCCUACUGAUCUGGCCAAGUAUGUUCCAGGAUCACCUUCGUCGGCGGACUCGUUCAUAACAGAUCACCGUGUCGUGCAGGAUAACCGCGGCCAGGGUGAUCGCGGCGAGAACCGAGACCUCAUAAAGGGUUUAUGCAUCGAGUAUGAUCCAGUGUCCCAGGGUCAGUCCGGCAGCCACAAGGGUCCGGCUUCCAUGGAGCAGUCAGCCAACAUGUGCUUUGCUAGAAUGAUUGAACCAAAGGUUGGCGGUCUUCGUCGUGGUGGCCAGGUCGGUCGUGUUCACGGGUAUAAUCCAGACUUUGGACAAAGGUCAGGGGAUGUGGAUUGCACUUCGUUGGGUCCGCUUCUGGCAUGGGUCACGGAGGUUACUUUGUAUUAG